GGCACGGUUUCGUCGUCGGGUUUCGUUCAGUCUGGUUUUAGAUAUUGAACGUUGAGCGCGAGUGAAAACCGGGGUCAACCAGUAUCGUAAAAUACGCUACGUUAACGAUAAAAGAGUUGGUUGAAAUUUUGAAUACUUUGUACUCUGCGUGUGGCAUUGGCUUUAUAGGUUUCAAGAAGUGGACGCUAAAAGGCAUUAUUUGAAUUUGCUGGUUGUGAUUUAUUUGUGUUAACAAACAUGUGAAAUUUUUUGGUUGUUGAUUUGUGGAUUAACAGUUUAAUUUUUCGGCAGUUCAAAAUUCUGGAUUUAUUGAAUUUUUAAAGCCCCCUCGGUCCUACCUCCAAAAAUGAUACUUCAAGGUAACCGAGGAGGGAGGUUCAUGACCAAAAUCAUCACCCUUGGAGGUCUUUGGGCACUUAUUAUCUACACGGCAAUUCAAUUUAGAUCUGUAAGGAUAGAUGUUCCUAUGCCACAUAUGAACAGUAGAUUACUUUUACAAAAAAGACAAGACACAUUAACCAGGCAUGAUUCAACAACUGAAUCAAAUGACCUCGAGCCUUCAGUGGACAAAAGGGAAUCGCCUAGUGAAGAAAAACUGAUUUUGGAUAUACAAGACCGACUGCCCAAUUUGCCCAUAGUCUAUUGGAACCAACAUAAAAAUUUACCGAUGGGGAUGAAUAACACUUGUGCAAGGUUCCCAAGUAUUUUUGAUCUCCAAUUCAACAACAACUAUUGGCAAACCGUAGAAACGUCCAAUGGUACCUUCCACCUGUUUGGUGCCUAUUUGGAUAAGAGAAAAAAUAAUCGACUUGGUCCUACUGUCAGAAUCUUGGGUAUGAUCGAUAGAAUAGAACCUACUGUGAUAACUCACUGUCAAUUCUGGUUUGACGGUAAAAAGGAGCCUGUGAUAACUAAAAGUUUUGAGUAUAAGUAUGUUUGGUAUAAGAAAUGGGGUAAUUACAAGCAAGGUAUCUUCCAGCCCUACUUGAUUGCCUGCGUCAUACCUCAGGGUUAUAAUGCAAAAGUCCCACAGUCGGUGUCCCUAGUCGAAAAACCGUGUAAUAAUUCGACGACUAAUCUAAGAGUGAUAUAUAAUAAGCCUAAAGAUGAGAAGAAAAAAGACUUUGCUGUAUGUGUGAAGGUAAGAUAA